AUAAACGACAAACUAGAGUGUACAUUGUACAACGUACAUAAACUUAUAGGUGUGCAACUACGUUCUCGGCAUUACUUUAAGCAGUUUAAGCCAAGUGUCAAGUGCGCGAUAAUAGUGUUUACAAAACGUAAGGAAAUUAAACAAUAUUAUUAAAUAUUAUACUUCACGAAUUCAAUUCAUUUUUAUAGUGAUAUGCGGUCGUGGAACACCUUCUUGUUGAUAUUUUUCGCGUUUUGGAAAACUGAUUUCAUAGCUAUGGAUACUACAUUAGAUUGGUGGCAGACAACAGUAAUUUAUCAAAUCUAUCCACGCUCAUUCAAAGACAGUAAUUCCGAUGGAAUUGGAGAUUUAAAAGGCAUCGAAGAAAAAGCAGAGUAUCUAAAAGAUUUAGGCGUAGGAACAGUAUGGCUAUCACCUAUUUUCAAAUCGCCAAUGGAUGAUAUGGGGUACGACAUUUCAGAUUUCAAAGACAUAGAUCCCAUUUUUGGAACUAUGGCUGAUUUUGAAUCGUUACGGGAUAAAGUGCAUUCGCUAGGUAUGUAUUUGACGCUGGAUUUUGUGCCAAAUCAUAGCAGCGAUGAACACGAAUGGUUCAAGAAAUCCGUGCAAAAAAUUGAUCCGUACACUAAUUAUUAUGUUUGGAAAGAUCCAAAAGCUUGGAUCAAUGAAACUACACCGGUGCCUCCAAAUAAUUGGAUAAGCGCUUUUCAAGGAUCGGCCUGGACAUACGUACCGGAAAGAAAACAGUAUUAUUUACAUCAGUUCGCCAGAAAACAACCAGACUUGAAUUAUCGUUCGAACGAGCUGCUCGAAGAAAUGAAGAACGUGAUCCGUUUUUGGCUUGACCGAGGAGUAGAUGGUUUUAGAAUGGACGCAGUUCCUUUUUUGAUAGAAGAUGAUCAAUUUUUAGACGAGCCAAUCAUUAAUCCAGAAUUUACCAUUCACGGAAUUCCAGCAUUUGAUGCGGUAGAUCACAAAUACACGCAGUGUCUUCAGGGAACCUACGAUAUACUUCGACAAUUUCGCGAAGUGUUGGAUUCUUAUAAGCAAAAAGAUGGAAAAACUAGACUGAUGAUGGUAGAAGCUUACGCGACGCUUAACAACACGAUGAGAUUUUUUGGGACCAAAACUCAACCGAUAGCUCACAUUCCGUUCAAUUUCUUCCUUUUGACCCGGCUGAAGGAUGAAUCGAACGCGUCAGAUUUUCAAAACGCCAUAAACGACUGGAUGAAUAACAUGCCGCAAGGAGAAUGGCCAAACUGGGUGCUAGGAAAUCACGAUAAUCGUAGAAUUGCCGAAAAAUUCGAUCCCAGUAGCGUGGACUCUUUAAACACGCUCUUACUUUUAUUACCUGGAACACCAAUCACUUAUAACGGAGAAGAAAUCGGAAUGGAAGGCAUGAAAAUCAGAUGGGACCAAACAACCGAUGUAGGAGCAUUAAAUGUCGGCCCACUUUUGUACAACAAUAUGAGCAGAGAUCCAGAAAGAGCUCCUCUUCAGUGGAAUUCUUCAAUUCAUGCAGGAUUUUCCGAUACGAAGAAUAAAACAUGGCUACCAGUGAAUCCGAAUUACUACAAACUGAAUGUAGAGGCACAAAAAAAUGAUCCGAAAAGUCACCUCAACAUUUACAAGAAUUUGACUAAAUUACGAUCGAAAGACGUUUUUCGUCUGGGAGGUUUCAAAUCCUACAUCAUUUCGGAAAGAAUUUUCGCCUUUAAACGAAACCUACAUAACGAAAUUUACCUAAUAGUGAUGAAUCUCAAUAACGAAGAAGAAUUCGUUGAUAUCAAAAAUACAGUGACUGAUGUACCCAAUGAAGUUUUCAAAAUUGCUUUGGCCAGUCAAAACUCGCGAUUCGAAGUUGGCGAUGAACUGAAUAUUUCAAACAGCAAAUUCGGGAUGAGCCCGAAAUCUAGCAUUGUUCUACAAGCUGUUUAAAUUCUACUCGAGGCAUCGUUUCUGUUCACGAAAUAUGCGUAAGUAAUAAAGAUGGCAUUCCUUUUGGAAUUGCAAAAAUGGUUCCUUCUCCAUCUGAAAGCACAGAUAGGCAGAGGUACCGACUUGACAAUUUAUAGAUGUGAUCAUUUCACAAGUCUUUCAUCUUUCGUGUAGGUAAAUGUUAUACAAUUUUAUAAUUUUUCAAAAUAAAACCUCUUCCAACAAUAAGAA